GUGCGGCGCGGGCGCAGGUACAGGGACGCGCCCGCGUCGCGCGCGCGCGCGCCCGCGUCGAAUGGCGACGGCGACGACGCGAAUCGCGACGGCGACGACGCGAAUCGCGACGAAAGGCGCGCGCGCGCGUCGAAUCGCGACGGCGACGACGCGAAUCGCGAGGGCGACGACGCGAAUCGCGACGGCGCGGGCGUCGCGGGCGCGCGCGCGGGGCCGCACGGGCGCGCGCUCGUCUCGAGCGGGCACGGCGACGCGGACGCGCUGCUGGGCGGCGGCCACGCGCUCGGGUCGCUCGCGGCGUGCGCGAGCGACGGCGCGAGCGCGCACGCGGAGGCGCUGUUCGGCGCGUGCUUCGUCGCGGAGGGCGCGGCGACGGCGCGGCAUCGAACGUGCUGGGUGCGCGCGGGACGGGAGGGGCGGGCGGAGGCGACGCGGACGCUGCCGAGACGCGUCGUCGAGCGAGAGGGGGAGAGCGCGACGACGACGGACGAUCGGGCGAGCGAGGCGAGCGAGGCGAGCGAUGGGUUGCGAAUCGCGUGGCAGUAUCGACGAUACCUGAGAGAGGGAAGGAACUUGGACGAUUCCGGCGUCGGCGCGGCGCGCGCGACGACGACGGCGAGGACGACGAAGAAACGGAAUUUGCGCGCGCCGGACGUGUGCCAGACGUACGAUUGGACGAGGGAGGAGGAUGAGGCGACGCUGCGGGACGCGGACGUUUCGUUCGAACGCUUCGGCGGCGAUGAGGGCGACGGCGAGGGCGAGACGGACGCGUGGGCGCGAUGUUUUGAGUUCGUGGAGACGUUCGUGCGCGGGUUGAGGGAUGAGGAGGUCGGGCGCGUGUUGGUGCAGCCGGAGACGCCGCGAGACGAAGGCGAGUGGGCCGCGUGCGCGAGGCUCGCGCGCGCGCUCAAGGGGUUGGUGCGCGAAACGAACGUCGCGUGCGUGAUGAUUCUUCCUCUCGCGCUCGCGCCGGCGCGAUGGGGCGCGAUGAUUCGUCACGUCGCGGAUUGCGCGAUCGACGUGCAGCCGCUCGAAGGUCCGACGAGUGAGAUCGAGUCGCUGUUACCCGAGCCGCACCUGUGCGUCGGGCUCGUCGCCGUUCGCAAACUUCAAUUUCAAGGCGGCGUGGUGUCGCCGUUGACGCGCAUGGAUCGCGUGUAUGCGUUACAGAUGCGGAGAAAGCGCAUGGCGAUCAAACCGCUGCAGAUUCGUCCGGAGGAGGAAAGGAAAAAGAGUGGCGGCGAGUCGGCGUGCGGCGCCGUCGAAGGCGUCGGUCUGGACGACUUUUAG